CUCAUUGACACAAUUGCCUCAGAAAUCGGAGAAUUGAAACAGGAGAUGGUACAGACAGAUCUCACGGUGGAAGAUGAAUCUACUGAUAUGCGAAGCCUAGUAAAGGACAUGGACAAUGCCUCUCCUGAGAAAAAUGAUGUAAAAAGCUGCCCCCGGGAUGCUGGAUAUGACAGCCUAUCCAACAAGCUAAGCAUAUUGGACAAGCUCCUCCAUACUCACCCUGUGUGGCUGCAGCUUGGUCUGAAUGAUGCCGAAGCCAUGGAAAUUCUGCAGGCCCAGCCUCCUGGGAUAUUCCUGGUUAGGAAAUCUGCAAGAUUACAGAAGAAAGUCAUCUCUUUGCGUCUACCCAGUGACUGUGGGUCUUGCCUAAAAGAAUUUGCAAUAAAAGAAAGCACAUACA